UGAAUACGGGGAAGCAGCAGCCGCCAUUUCAGGGAGUCUGCGGACGCUGUCGCAGGGUUGGAUCCUGAGCUGCCGAAGCCGCCGUGCUGCACUCCCGCGCGGGCUUCUCUAAUCCCAUUGUGUCUUUUAGAUUCGCUCGGGCCUAUUCGGCCUCCGAGCCCGAAAUUCGGGCUGGGCGGUACCGCGGCCCGGGCCUAGAGGCUUAACUGUAGCAACAGCAGCGGCGGCGGCAGCAGCAGCAGCAGCCCCCCUCUUGCCGAAUACGAGCAUCACAGGGACCCGGAAGCCCGCAGAGGCGUUUAGAGAAAAUGGCAGACGAUAUUGAUAUUGAAGCAAUGCUUGAGGCUCCUUACAAGAAGACUUGCCUAACGAUAUCUCACCUCUACUCCCAUGAAUUCACCUUUGAUUCCAGUGUGAACUGUCAAUCAUAAGGAUGAGAACAAGUUGAGCAGUGCUAAUGGCCAUGAAGAACGUAGCAAAAAGAGGAAAAAAAGCAAGAGCAGAAGUCGUAGUCAUGAACGAAAAAGAAGCAAAAGUAAGGAACGGAAGCGAAGCAGAGAUAGAGAAAGGAAAAAGAGCAAAAGCCGGGAAAGAAAGCGAAGUAGAAGCAAAGAAAGGAGACGGAGCCGCUCAAGAAGUCGAGAUCGCAGAUUCAGAGGCCGCUACAGAAGUCCUUACUCCGGACCAAAAUUUAACAGUGCCAUCCGAGGAAAGAUUGGGUUGCCUCAUAGCGUCAAAUUAAGCAGACGACGCUCCCGAAGCAAAAGCCCAUUCAGAAAAGACAAGAGCCCAGUGAGGGAACCUAUUGAUAAUCUAACUCCUGAGGAAAGAGAUGCAAGGACUGUUUUCUGCAUGCAGCUGGCAGCACGAAUUCGGCCAAGGGAUUUGGAAGAGUUUUUCUCUACAGUGGGAAAGGUUCGAGACGUAAGGAUGAUUUCUGAUAGAAAUUCAAGACGGUCCAAGGGAAUUGCUUAUGUGGAGUUUGUUGAUGUUAGCUCGGUGCCUCUAGCAAUAGGACUAACUGGCCAACGUGUUCUAGGAGUGCCAAUCAUAGUACAGGCAUCACAGGCAGAAAAGAACAGAGCUGCAGCAAUGGCAAACAAUCUACAAAAGGGAAGUGCUGGACCUAUGAGGCUUUAUGUGGGCUCAUUACACUUUAACAUAACUGAAGAUAUGCUUCGGGGGAUCUUUGAGCCUUUUGGAAGGAUUGAAAGUAUCCAGCUCAUGAUGGAUAGUGAAACAGGACGUUCCAAGGGAUAUGGAUUUAUUACAUUUUCUGAUUCAGAAUGUGCCAAGAAGGCUUUGGAACAACUUAAUGGAUUUGAGCUAGCAGGAAGGCCAAUGAAAGUUGGUCAUGUCACUGAACGUACUGAUGCUUCCAGCGCUAGCUCAUUUUUGGACAGUGAUGAACUGGAAAGGACUGGAAUUGACUUGGGAACAACUGGUCGUCUACAAUUAAUGGCAAGACUUGCAGAGGGUACAGGUUUGCAGAUCCCACCAGCAGCACAGCAGGCGCUACAAAUGAGUGGCUCUUUGGCAUUUGGUGCUGUGGCAGAAUUCUCUUUUGUUAUAGAUUUGCAAACAAGACUUUCCCAACAGACUGAAGCUUCAGCUUUAGCUGCAGCUGCCUCUGUUCAGCCUCUUGCAACACAGUGUUUUCAACUCUCUAACAUGUUUAACCCUCAAACAGAAGAAGAAGUUGGAUGGGAUACAGAGAUUAAGGAUGAUGUUAUUGAAGAAUGUAAUAAACAUGGAGGAGUUAUUCAUAUUUAUGUUGACAAAAAUUCAGCUCAGGGCAAUGUGUAUGUGAAGUGCCCAUCAAUUGCUGCAGCCAUUGCUGCUGUCAAUGCAUUGCAUGGCAGGUGGUUUGCUGGUAAAAUGAUAACAGCAGCAUAUGUACCUCUUCCAACUUAUCACAACCUCUUUCCUGAUUCUAUGACAGCAACACAACUACUGGUUCCAAGUAGACGAUGAAGGAAGAUAUAGUCUCUUAUGUACAUAGCUCUUUUUCUUUCUUGAGAACUCAUCUUGAGUUAUCUUUUAUUUAGAUAAAAAUAAAGAGGCAAGGGUCUACUGUCAUUUGUAUACAAUUCCUGUUACCGUGAAAAAAUAAAAAUGUUAACAGGAAUGCAGUGUGCUCAUUCUCCCUAACUAGCAAAUCCCACUGUAUACAAAACUGUUCUCUUGUUCUGCCUUUUAAAUGUACAUGUAGAAAAUUACAUUAAGGAUAUAUAGGAAUAGUUCUAGAGGAACAAAUGUGCUUAAUGUAAAAAGGCAGACAGGGAUAUAAUGUUUUUAAUGUUUCAUUUCAGAAGCCUAACUUUUUACACAGCAGUUACAUUUCACUAAUGUGUUGAUAUGGGAUAAUGGUUUAGCAGAGGUUUCUGAAAUACACAUUUAGUAUAUGGAAAUUCAAGACAGCUAAAUGGCUGUUUGAUUAACAUCUCAUUUUGCACUCUGAUCAAUUGGCAAGAAAAUUAUUUCAAAAUUACAUUUCUGAAUGGUAUGUUUUCAAUUAAUGUAUCUGUAAAAGUUUCUUUGUAAAUACGUGUUCUAGUGUGUCUACGAUUCCAAACAAAAUGAUCCCUGCAUUUCCUCACAAUGUUUAGUAACAGUCUGGUCUGGUAAGCAAAGCAGUCUGAGCAAGAAAUAGGAAAUGCAGAAAUAGGUUUUGUCUGGUUGCAUAUAAUCUUUGCUCUUUUUAAGCUCUGUGAGCUCUGAAAUAUAUUUUUGGGUUACUUCAGUGUGUUUGACAAGACAGCUUGAUAUUUCUAUCAAACAAAUGACUUUCAUAUUGCAACAAUCUUUGUAAGAACCAC